ACCUUCUAGUUGAAAGUACUAGUAGUAGUACACAUAACACUGAAAAGUGAAAGACCAAGUGUCUGUGACUGUUUAGGCACGCGACGGUUCGUUGACAGCCCAGUCAGUACGAACAGCCAAUGUUUGGACAGAGCAAUCCCUAACUCCAGCCUACAACUCAUCGCCAAGAAGCUAAGUCGAGAAAAGAGUCGGCAAGCAAGACCGCAUGUUUACAGCACCGAAGCCCAAGGCGAAGCACAGGUAAUCAGUUGGAGGUGCGCUCAAGGAAAGAGAAAAGAUAAAGACUCUUCCUGUAAUGCACUCCAUCCAGUUCAAGCAAGGGAAACGGGGGCAAAGCCAGAGUUGAGGAAAUAUUAUAAGUCGUAUUUCCAGCGCUAGACAUUAGACGAGUGAGUUCACAGACAGCAGACAGGCGGAAUUCACAGACCUGGCAGCGUCGCACUUGACAGGACCGAGGGCAUUGAGCAGCAACAGCGCUAGCCUAGCCGGAGGACUGAGUUCUCCUGAGUCGUGUGUCCCGGUGAGAUUGUCCUGCGUCAUUGCUCAAUUAAAUUAUUUCCACACGAACCUACUGUACUCGCUCGGUUGCGGUGUUCGGCGUGCGUCCCAGCUCGUAGAUCUACUCCCUGUGCAACAGCAACGGUAUCCUCGUCACCUCGCUCGUAUCAUCAUCGUCAGGCCAGGAGCGGCAUCGCAGGUUUCUGCAGUUCCAGACUCAGCGCUGCAGCAGAGUCGCCACGUACGUGCACAUGCCAUGACCCCACCACAUGCUGGUGCCAAGUCAGACUUUUUGCCGCACUGACACUGUUUCGCAUGUAGCUGCAGUCUUCUGAAAUCUUCCCAGCGACCGGCUUUAUUGCACAGGUGUUCCUGGUUCCGCUCAUCAGCAUUUUCAUCAGGGAGUCUGGCCAUCCAACGCUCAUUCAGCCAGUAGAUCUACCUUUCGCUGUUGGUUGGAUCGUCUCCUGCUAGUGCUACACAACCUCGAGUAAAGACUUCCUUAUACUUAUAGCAGUAGAAGUAGACUGCGAGAACAGAACUACCCGAAUAUAAUUAUCAGUACGGGGAUCGAUACCGGAUAAGCUAAUCAUUCACAACAAUCGGAGCAGAUAGUACACUACUGCCACACGUGCUUGGGCUGGGAUAUUUUCGCAGGUGAGGGGCGACUGUGUGGAUCGGCGCGACGUCCGUGACUCCAGACGCUGGGUGGUUUCGAGUGGUUUCUUUGAGAGGACUUACUCGCUUGCUUUGGUUCAUUCUCGUCCGACCUCUACUGUGUGUGAGCAGUUUCCCAGUUUUGCCGAAUUCGUGCUCAUAAUCAGUGCUGGUUCUGUGGAGGGUCCAGGGCAGAGCAGCAUCGUGGUAUCAUUGCCGCUGGUGAAAAUAACUCGACCGCGAGAACCACCUCGUGGUAGAACUAGAAGUGCAGGACUAGCGGGGGUCGUCCACGCGAAGACGGAAAGAUGAACGAGUCUUAGCAGAGAAGUAAGGUCAGUUCUGGCUGAGAAGUUGAACACCCCAAGCACGGCAGUGCGACGGCCGGUCAGGACGGCGAAAGAAGCAGCCGCGUGAAGAGCUGACUCGUCGCAAUGCUACGUCCAACGACCGCCUCCACCGGGCGCGCAUUUAUUUGUUUGAUAGUUGCCCUGUUAGCGGGCUAUAUACGCCCAGCUUCUCCAUCUGAGUCGGUGGAUUUGGAGCGUGUGAGGAUCGGAGAAAAGGCAGCCAUCGACUAUGGUGCGUUUUGCAACGACUACUCUUUGCCCCACUAUUACACAUCACUGAGUGUUGCCGGCAGUGAAGACAGUGCUGGUGAGUGCUAUGACAGUGCACCGUGGACAAUAUUCCUGGAAGGAGGUGGCUUGUGCGAGAGCGAUGCCGGCUGCGCAAAGCGCUACAUCGACUCGCCGUUUUUGAUGAGCUCGAACGACACGACGGAGUCCAAGUGGCCGAGCAACGUCACCGGGUAUGGAUUACUCGCGGGCAAGACGAAAGGCCUCGCGGUCAACUGCACUCAUCGAAUACUGAUACCCUACUGCUCCAGCGAUCUCUGGCAAGGCUAUGAUCAGGAAGAGAUCAAUUGUGCGCAGGCUCAAAGCAGACGUGAUAUUGUAGUCAAGCAUGGAUCAAUUUUGACCAGGCAUCUAAAGGAUGGAUCCAAUGAGAAUAUGACGGUGCUUGGAACUCGGCUUGUCCGCAACCUGACCUUCCGCGGCCGGCAUAUCUUCGAGGCGGUGAUCCGGGACGCCAUGGCGCGGGACGUGGGCAAUCGCCUGUGCACCGCGUCCAUGGUACUCCUAGCCGGCAGCAGCGCGGGCGGUGUUGGUGCCGUGGCCCUGUCGCCAUGGUUACGCAGUUUCCUGGACACGGAAUGCACCGGCAGUCCACCUCCUGUGUCGGUGCUCGGCGACUCGCAGUGGUUCAUCAACUUUGAUAACUCGCUGGGUCGGGAGGAGGACAUGCCCUGGAUACCGAGAGGAAACCAUGAGUACAAUUACUGCGAUCGAGCGCUGACCAGCGACUAUCCAUGCUGUAUGGCCACUCAGUGUAUUCUGCAGCAACCGUCCUUCACCAACAUACCGCUGUUCACGGUCUUUAGCAUGUUUGACGGCUACAUCCCGUCGCUGUACUUUCAGUCGCUUGGUGACGAGACUGAUGACGAUGGCCCGGGCGGUACUACAAAGUGCCAGCUGCCCAGCAGCAACAGCGCCGAGGAUAAAUCGAAGCCGUCGGCCACGAAGAUCACCAAGUCGCUGCGCUUUCUGACCGAGUACGGCGGGGCAAUGAACUAUAGCCUGGACUACGGCCUCAGCUACGACUUGAUGAGCUUCUUCGUGCCGUCCUGCCUGCAACACGUCUACCUGGCUACCAGCUCUCUCUGGGACCCUGACGGCGUUCUCGGCCGCAGCAUGCGAGAUCAAACCUAUGGGUUCAAGCACUCCCAAUUCAAUCAGACGAUAUCACAAACUCUUUGGAGCAAAGUGGUGCUUCCAAGCUCCGAUAACAUGUCAGUGAAUUGCACAGAAGAUGCCGCCGUUCCACGAGACCACAUAUCGUUGCGGUGUGCCAUUGUGACGUGGUACAACGGCCUCUACCUGAAUGCUACCGGCGGCGAUGAUAACGGUGGUUAUAGUGGCGUACCGGUGCUGCGUUUUCGCGAGAGUUGCAAGGGUGUGCAGUGCACCAGCAAGAAAUCGUCCGAUGAGGAAGCGCCACCGUCGUCGUGUCCCGAGACGAUUGCUCUCGGCGAACUCAAUCUGGGCGUCUGGUCGGAGCAGCUGGCCACCGUCAUCCUUUGCUGUAUCUCCGGUGGCAUCGCCAUGCUCAGCAUUGUCUACAAGCUGGUCAUGAAGACCAAGGAGUACCGGUUUCUCAAGCAGCAGGAGCAGUUCCUCAGGACAACCUGGCCACAAGAGAGGACGGCACGACAGAUCCCUUACCUGCGAGACAACGAGCGUAUCAGCAUUGCCUGCUUGGACACCAAGUACCACGCUCACCUCUCGCCCGCCGCUUUCCGCAUGUGGUCUCGCAAAGCAGAGGAAGAGUUGCGCAUACAGGAGGAAGCUCUGAUGGAGGCAAUGGCUGCAUCUGCUGGCAAUGUGGGGAAUGGUCCAAGUGCUGGUAUGGACGGCAACUUGCUCCGUGACACGAGCUUGUCACCUAGCAUAGCCAACAUGUCUCAACGGGAUGGAUGUGUAGGCUGCGCUGGUAGCUCCUAUCAAACAGAAAUCCUGCACGGCAUCAGCACGUACUUCAACCCAGGCAAUCUGAUCGCCAUCAUGGGGCCCAGUGGCAGCGGCAAGACAACCUUCCUGGACCUGCUGACGGGUCGCCGACGGAAUAACGAAAACGGCCGAAUCCAGGGUGACAUAUUCAUAAACUGUCGACCGUUUGAAAAUGUGGCCAGCUCCUACACCCGUAAUACGGGUUAUGUUCUGCAACUGGCCGUGCCCUACUUCGAGGAGCUCACCGUGCGCCAGAAUCUGACAUUCGCCGCUUACAUGCGCCUGCCGACCAAGCUGUCCAACGAGGAGAGAUUCAUGCGUGUCGAGCAGGUCAUAGCCGAAACUGGCAUGAGCAUGGUGGCUGACACGGUCGUUGGUGGCAGCACUGGUGCAGGCCUCAGCGGAGGACAGAAACGUCGUCUCUGUGUCGCACUGCAAAUGCUGGAGCUGCCAAAGGUGCUUAUUCUGGAUGAACCAACCUCAGGUCUGGACGCCACAUCAUCCAUGGAGCUCUUGAAGUUGCUGGCAAUGUUGGCCGAGUCGCAGCGCUUAGUGAUCGUAACCAUACAUCAGCCACGUCUGGAGAUCUUCCACAUGUUUGAUAUCAUCGUACUGCUGUGCCAGGGAGAGCUCGCCUACUAUGGGUCUCCCGAGGCUGCCCCAGAGCUGUUCGCCAAUGCCAUCUGUGCCUCCUUGCAGGACGAAGACCUAGCCAAGAAGAUGGACAAGAAUCCAGCAGAUUUCAUCAUCGACGUUCUGAGCAACGAGCGCUAUCGUAAGAUCAUCAUGGAGCAUUAUCAGAAGAACACACGAGAAGCCGCCCACAUGAGAAAUGCCAUCGAGAUAGCACGCGAUCAGGGGCUCACACAGAAGGGUAGUGACUUGGGGCUAGUGCGACCAGAGCCACGUGCCGGUUCCUUCAGUCGCAUCUUCGUGUACGAAAGCCGUGCGUCGAUGCGAAACACCAACAUGAAGCGACUCUACCUUCCACUGAUCUACAUUGGCUACGCCUUUUCUCUUGGCUCUGCGUAUUUCCAGGUCAGCGAGAAGCUUCUGUUAAUGUCAACAUUCUGCAUCUGGAGCUUUGCACCUUCUAUCUUUAUGUUUCCGGCCGUGCACGGUCAUCUGAGUAAAAUGCUGGAGAUAUUCUCGUUGGAGAAGCAAGACGGCAUUGGCAGCUGCUGGGAGGUGGUGAUUCAGACGUUUUUGCGUCUCACCAUGCCCUGCUCGCUGGCAAUAGUCCUGUGCACCGCUAUACUGUAUAUGAUGACAGUGCCGUACGGGUCGUGGGACUAUUCCAUCUACUUUCAGCUCACCGCCUUCUCGCUGACUCUCAAUAUGGUGUGGACUGCAUUUGCCGAGUUCAUCAUCUGCAUUGAUCCGAACUUUGGCUUCAAGCUGUCGCCUAUCAUCACCUCCGUGACUGGCUUUGUGGGAGGCUUCCUCAUACCCAAGCCGGAUAUGAAUUGCUGGUAUGAGUGGUUGUUCUACAUCAACCCAAACUACUACGGAUAUUCAGGCAUGAUGUUUGUCUUCCUCAAAGAGCUGGACGGGGAUAGCUUCGAGAGGAAGGUGCCCCUGGAGAAGUGCAAAUUUGACUCCUGGAUCGAGUGUUAUCCCAACUCGGGACGGUACUUUCUGCAGAAGUUUGGCUUCCUGGAGGUGAAGCCAUACCUACACUUCUUUAUACUGCUAAUAAUGAUGGUGGCAUCACUGCUGCUGGCUGUCCUGGUCAUGGAGAUCCGCUUCAAUCGCCUCAAGCAGAGAAUCGGCGAUACACUAAGGUGUACAUUUAUGCCAAGAAAGAAGAAGUCGAGUAAGUACCAGCAUAUCAGCCGCUCGCACAGCACGGAAAGCAGACACAGCGGCACGGAGGACUAUCGCCAGGGAGGCGGAGGCGGGGGUGGUAGCCAUGGCCUGCAGCCAGCGUACAGCUCGGAGGCAGUGUCUGCGUCCGCACUCGUCUCCAGUGCCGACGAGGGCAGUUUACUGUCCGGCGGCAGUUCCAGCCACAAGCCAAUGUACCCGACGCCGAUCGGUGUGAGCCUAUUGUCGCAGCACCGGCGCACACCGUCAGUCUCUCUCUCCAUGGAAGGGGAAAGUGGUGAUGAGCAGCGUCCACUGCCCGUCCGUAAGGUGCCACCGUCGCAGCGUAAGCUGACGCGACGUGACACCCGCUCCAACGUACUGGGGAACAACAAAUACGAAGUAUAUAACCCAUACACCGCCUCAGUGUCAGUGGCCACUAAUAUGACCAAUGCCUCGUCAGGCAGCUCACAGAUGGAGCGUCUCCAGGGCGUGCUGAAGAAGUCUGAGAACAGACGUGCACAGAUGCUGUCACGGAUGAACACCACCGUAUCGAUGAUGCACCACCAGGCACAGGAUGACUCGGGCGUAGGAUCCAUUGGGCAACAUGGCCCAGGGAAAUCGAGCAGCAAGAAGCCGAAGAAGGACAAGCGAGCAAAGGCAGCACAUCUCUCGGUGGACAAGGGUGACGAGGACAAGGGUUGGGGCCGUGUGCGGUUCGGCUCCCUGCGACGAAGCUCCGCCCAGGCACCCGGUUCACCGCGGCCCAAGCCGAAACGUGGUAUACUGAAGCUGGGCCGACGUGGCCUGAGUGAUGCGGAGGACACUGCGAGAAAGGCUUCUGCCGAAAAACACCUUACCACCGCCACGUCGUUCGACCUCGGCGAGUCGCCGGGCGUACGGCGUCGACGCAGAAACAGCAUUCAGAUGCUGAAGUCCAGGAUCUUCAGCAGCUCACUGGACAGCACCAACGGCCCAAGUCCUUUGGGCGAGGGAGGUGCGCGAGUGGCGGACUUUGCCACUUCAAUGCCCCCCAGCUACUCUCCGUUGUCCAAGAUAUCACUGCACGCCAAGGAGAAUGCAACUGCUUUGCAGGCGCUUGCUGAUGAUGCUGCAGCCGAUAGCAAUGGCAGUGCUGCCGUGUCCGCUCACAGCACACGCCGCUCGUCACUGGCACGCAACCGAGCCCUGGAUCUGAUUGGCGUUGAGGAGGCAGCAGCGGCGGCCACCACACUACAAGUUCCCUGUCUGACUGGCAAGGCGUCCGACAGCACGCCACCCGUGAUCCAGUUGCGCCGGAGCAGUACCAGUACGUCCACUCUGGUUCCGGAUGAUGGCAGCGUGGUCAGGGUGACCAACGGUGGACGCCAAAGUCCAACGAGUCCGACGCGGAGGAAGCCACCAGCAUUAGAGGAGAUAUCCAGUGCGAGUGAGUACUUUGAGUUAGCGCCGGCGGUGGCACAAGACCACGCACGCCAACUCUACACGGACGAGGAGGACUCCGGUGACACCACACCAGUGGCAGCGGCCGCCGAGGUGGAUCUCCCACCACCACCAUCGCCAUCGCCAUUACAGGUGGAAGAGGAGCGUCAGAGAAAGAAGGCGGACGGCUUCACGACAGCGCUUCCGAUCUUCAGAGAGUUUGACAGCAACGGGCACCGGCAUACGGUGCAGAGACAAGUGUCCCCACACCCUGCAGCCUAUGUCAAUAGCAGCGGCGGCCGUCCUACGUGGAGCAUGGACAGGGAGCGUGCCCCGAUUCGACAGGAAAGCAACGGCAGCUCUCUACUUACGGGAACGGAUAUUUCGCGUUCUUCCACGGCGACAAGUUCGCGUUCGUCAUCGUAUUCCCACCAGCAUGAUCCGUACCGCGCUGCACGCAUUGCCACCGCCACCAGUACUAACAGUUCAAGCAGUGUGGGCACCGAUGAUCUGCAUUACGAUUACAAUCGGUACGGCAUAACCACGCUCGAGGAUGGCCCGUCCGAAUGCAAGUCGCAGCCGCUGGAUGUUGUCUGCAUGGAGUCAACUCUCUAGGGGUGAGCCGGGCAAGUGCCAGUUCAUAAACAAUCCUGCGCAUAUGCGGUUUUGCUUUUAUAAUUCAGAUCAAGAUAUCGUGUUCAUGUUGCUGCUGCUGCUAUUUCUGCUGUUGCUGCUGCUGCUUCAAGCGUACUAACUAACAGACUGCCUUGCAUAUCCGCUGCGUAGCAUAAUGACUAGCAGAAGCAUCCAUACGGAAUUUAGCAGUGGUGCUGGUUUGUAAAUUCACCAGAGGGUGGACUUGACUUGAUUGUUGAUUUCUUUUGGUAAACAUCUACUAGUAGUAUUUUUGACAUUGAGAACCGAGACUGAUACCGACACUGAUACCGACACUGAUACCGACACUGAUACCGACACUGAUACCGAGACUGAUGGCUUUAUUAGACAGCCCCUGAUGUUCAUCACACCCCACACAUUUUAUUCCCUAAGGUGACAUGCUAAAAUUUAAUUAACUUAACGUUACCCCCCCCCUUAAGUAAGUCAUAUUUAAAAAGACUGAAUGGUGGUUGUCAGUAGCAUUUUUUGCUUUUGUAUUGUGUGUGUGCGUGUAAAAAAUAUGCCGAACCACUAACUAAUAACUGCAAGAAAAUGAACAGUAAAUUGAAACUCGUUACCACCA